GGCUUAACAUCUGUACAAUGGUCACGAGAAAGACUAGGAGAGCCGCUUCUUCUUUUUGCCUCGUCCUAGCAGGCCCCCAUUCCUUUUCCUGGCAGUAAGCCCGUCAUACCUGGCAAGAUGCAGACAGUCCCCAGUCUCAUCGGCACCGGCACUGCUGUCGCUGCAGCGGCUACGGGCCUCAUAUUCGGCGAACCCGCCGAUGGACAAUUCCCUCCGCCCUCACCACGAUCCCACUCGAACAAGAGGACGCCAGCGCAUGAGACACUUUUGGACAGAAGUGCCCUAUCCCCGCGCCCAGGGACUACAGACUCGGUCGUGGCCAUCGCAGAGAGCUUUGCCCAGUUCUCCCUGGCUCAGCAACCAGGAACCCCAACUGCAGCCCAGCCGCGCAUGCCUCGCCGAUCCUCGCAGGCACAAAUAACACCGCCUAAACCACCGUCGAGCUGGCGCUAUUCAUAUGGCAAGCAGGGCGACGUAGGUGCUGCACCUGUUGCUGAGGACGCGCGCGACUCGGUUUCCUCUAACAGCUCUUGGAUGCGCAGGCUUUCACUCCGUCCACUAUCACAGCACGAAAGCGCCAGAUCAAGUCUUGGCCCCGACACACAGUCCAUGUUCUCUCAUGGUUCAGCAGCGCCUAUACUGUCCCCGAAUAGUCUUACAGCACCUCAACCCCCCCGGAACAAGCUGGUGAAACGAUCGUCUACUAGGCAUGGUGCCGAUCCGGGUCCAAUAAUUCGCCGGGGUUCGAAGUCACAGAUGCCCACGUUACGGCGACCGGCUACUAGUCAUCAGAGAUCUGCCACUCUUCACCAGUUGACUGUGGAAGCCGCUCACGCCUCGGCCAAACCCUCGCUCGAGACGCAGCAGCAGCAACAACAACAGCAGCAACUACAACAAACUCGACCCAGGGCGAAGACAUUGGCAGCUCCCCCCUGCGAACCCCUGAUCGAGGUUCCUGCGACGCACGAGUUCCGGUGGAAAUCAUUUUUCCACUCCAAGGUUGCAAGAAUCGCAACAAAGUCAUCCUCCAAGAAGAGCGACGGCACUGUUCAGCAGCUAGGCGAAAAGAGAGUUUGCGUGGAACAGAAAGGCUAUCAAAAAGCGUACCUGAUUACGCCUAGAUCAAUCAUGGCGUCUCCAGUUGACGACGAGAUGAUCUAUGCUAGCGCCGAGCCUGAUACCAGCGCAGAGGUGGAAGAUAGCCCCAAGAGCACUAACAAAACAGGCUCAUCUCCGGAGGCUUCCCCAUCCAAGACACCGCGGCGGUCUAUUUCGAUGCAAUUUAGCUCGCCGACCAGUUGGAUAUCCAAGACUGGAAGCAUUCGCCGCAAGAAACGAGGGGCUGGUAACGUCGAUGUUUCACCCACGAACAAGCGCUAUGCUUCGGACCCUUUGACAUCAACAACAAACGCGGCCGCAAUUGAUACCGAUGCCUCGGACAAGUCUGGUGCAAAUGAAACUCUCGACGACCCAAGUGCGGCUAGUAAAGUUGAGACAGACUUGGCGGCCAUUUUCCAACCCCCCCACGGCAAGAGGAGCGCGUCAUCCCCUCUGCCGCCACUAUCCAGGCUUUCAAGCUUUCAUAUUGACUUGAACCGUCUUGGUACCUCGGGGAACCAAGGCAAGCUAGAAGACGCACCCGCUGCGAGCCUAUCACCGAGCAGUGUGAGGGUAAACUCUAAUAUGUCCCAGGCCCUCACCCUGAACCGUGCAUCCACUGUUGCGAGCUCUGAAUAUCACCGUGGUUUCAUGUCGGGAGAGGACGAUGACACCACAGGCACACCAUAUGAUUCCCUACGCACCGCUGGGUCUGGACGUCGCAGAACCCUCGACUCGCCCUUGGAGUCCAUGUUUGAUGAAUCACCUCCGAGCACAGCCGGGAACGCAAAGCAACCGAAGCGCCUCUCCAUACAAGAGAUUCUCGGUCCAGCAUUUGUUGAGACUGGUAGCAAGAUCAUGGAAGAGGACGAAAGUCUACCCACCCCAGUCCGUGCAACGUAUGAUGAUGCCGAAGUUCACUUCCGACUAUCCAAUAUAGAGCAAGGCCAAGACUACAAAUUCCCAGCAAACAAAUCUAGUCUCACUUUGGCCAGCCGGGAAUUGGAAAGGCUUUCUCUUGACGACGAUGACGACUUGGACUGGGCCAGGGAUGAAGAGGAUGGGGUAUAUAAUCGCCUAUCCCCUCCCGGCUCAAUGAAUUCUAGAAAGGGAAGCCCCAACUAUAGACCAGCUCUUACCAUGGUUAGUGGAAAUAGCGCGCGCGACACUUCGAGCGAGCGACCACGAAGUAAUGUCUUCGAUUGGGCGGAAUCUAAACAUCACGAAAGGCACGAGAGUGAUGGCCAUUACCUCCGACCCAAGACGGUCCAUGGAAAGAAGGAGCUCGAUAUGCGGGGUGGACGAGCCGCGAGCCGAAGGACUCCGGUACCAUUACAUGUGCGAAGUCAAAGUGUUCCCGUUGUCCCGGGCCUGAAUCCCGCCGACAGCUCGAAAGCAACCCCGAAGUUCGGCACUUGGGGUCUAGGCUCCAAAAAUGUAAGCGAAGAUUGGGACGAGGAUUUCGAGUUCGAGGAUGAAGUUGAUGCCAGUCGUCCCGAGGGCAGGAAGGCAGAAAACCGUGUAUCGAUGGUGGUACCAGCUUCCAUUCAAGCCACGCAACCUACGGUGAGGGCUCAUUCCGGACAGAUUCGCGAGCUGUCUCUGCUUGUUAAUGACUUGAAGAGGCUUUGCCGCCUCGGUAGAGAGUUGGACAUGUUGAGCGGGUCGUAUCCAAAACUCUGGCGAGAAGCCGAGGGUAUCAUUGCUCUAGCUUCACCUGAAGAGGACCAGCAUGAAGACGAGGUGUCUAAUACCUCAACCGAUGUUGAUUUCAAUGUGGAGGAUGAACGCUUCGUGGACGAAGGCUUCGAUGGUGGGGUGCUUGACCACGACCACCUCAGUAAGUUCCACACGCAGUUGAAAACGGCUGUGGUCAAGGAGCGAUUCCCUGCGCGGCGGCGGUCCGUCUUCUCUCCAGAAGACGACAUAUUCGGCAACUGGCCACAUACAAACGACGAUGAACUUAGGGAAGUCCCACGAACGCCCGAACAGAACCGACCGAGUACACCUUACAAUCCUGCUUCAGUCGCGCGUUCUCUGAUGGAGUCGAUGCACCUUCGUAGAAAAGACCCUACGGACGCUGAUUAUGAUGAAGGCGAUUGCAGUGGCAGACUCAAUUUUGACACCAAUAGUUUGAAGGAAUUAGUCAAGCGAGCAGGCGAUUUACGCGAUUCGCUCUCAGAUCUGGUCCGCAGGGCCGAUCAUCUUACCAGCAGCCCGAUGCGCACGCCGAGACGUGAAAGGGUCAAGAAUGAAGACGGAAGCCCGGCUUUCACUAGGAUGUUUGAAGACCCGGCUUCGACCCCAACUUCGACACGGCCAUUACCUCUUAGCCGGAGUAGCACGUCAGGCCUUAGCAGUGGUUCUAUGACCGCUUCACCAUCGAACGGAAUCAACCAGCGUAUGCAGAUGAUGACUGUCAGUUGAUGAGCUAUACCUCGUCGUCAAUCCAAUACACGACCCGACCCUUCAGACGGCG